UCAGACUUAUUGUCAUACACUUGCCAAAGUUGCCAAAAAAGUGCCAAUUUUUGGUUGUUUCCUGUCGAUUAUAGGAAUGAAUUUGGCUAUUUUCUUCACUAAAUCCCUUUUUAUCCACUUGUGUUAUCAGUGUACGUAUUAAUAAGGCUUAAAACGUAUAUGUAGCUAUAAACGAACUUCAACUGCAAGGACUUUCAGUACCAUAACAUAACCUCAAACCAACCAAAACAAAACAAACAAUAUUACGAAAUGGCUGCAAAAUUCGAUGCUGCCGCUUACAAUUUCAGGAAAAAAUGUCCUUUUGUAACGAAGGACUUGCUGCGCUGGUUUCCUGGUCACAUGAACAAAGGCUUAAAGCAAAUGCAACGGAAGUUAAACAGUGUUGAUUGUGUGAUCGAAGUCCACGAUGCUCGAAUACCUUUUACGGGACGAAAUCCUAUAUUUACCAACACGCUAAUAGGUACUAAGCCUCACAUACUUGUGUUAAACAAGAAAGAUUUGACUGUGCCGUCAUUAAUACCGCGGAUACGCGACAAAUUGAAAGCGGAACAGAACAUAAAGAAUUUGGUGUUCACAAACAGCAAGGAUCAGCAUUGUAAGGGUUUGAAGAUGCUCAAGCCUCUGAUGGUGAACUUGAUUAAAGGAUCUAAUAGAUACAAUAGGAGUGAGGAGCUGGAUUACAAUGUGAUGAUAAUGGGAGUGCCGAAUGUGGGGAAGUCGUCACUGAUAAACAUGCUUCGGUCGAAUAACAUGAGCAUCAGACACGCGCUGCCGGUGGGCGCGGUGGCAGGAGUCACCAGGAGUGUCAUGAUGAAGAUCAGAAUCAAUAAUGAUCCUGUUAUAUUUAUGUUGGACACACCUGGUAUUCUGGAGCCCUCGGUAACAGACAUAGAAAUGGGUCUGAAGCUGGCUCUCUGUGCGUCUCUACAAGACCACCUCGUUGGAGAGGAGAUUAUUGCUGAUUACCUGCUGUACUGGCUCAACAAGCAUGGCCAGUUUAACUACGUAGACUACAUGGGGUUAGAGGAACCUUGUGAUGAUAUUAAUAGGGUGCUGAUCGGUGGCGCAAUAAAGUACAAUCGUAUCCGACGAACAAGAGACUUCGACGGUCGCGUCCGGGACGUCCCAGAUCUGACCGAAGUCUCCCGGCUGAUGAUCAAAGCAUUCAGAACUGGGGAACUGGGCAAAAUACUCCUAGAUAUUGAUGUACUCGGUGAAAAAAAUCCGAAGGACCUAGAUAGAUCUUUAGCGUGAAAUUGUAAGUUAUUGAAUUGUAAAUAAUUGUAUAGUUAGUUAUAUUUUUUAGGCUGUAAGCUAGAUAGCAUGAAAUAAAAUAAUGAUAUAUAAUUA